GGCGGCGGUGGGGGCGGCCCGUUACUAGAACAGCGCUAGAGUUAGCAACGGCAGCGCCUGGUGUCAGACUACGCAGAGGGAAUAUAGCUAACAACACAGAAAAAGAGGAGCCGCUUGAACACAGAACCUGAUCCUUGUGUACAGACAGGAAGUGAGCAUUUAACAAAUCACUCCAAGACACUCCAUACAAAGCUGGGGGAUGGCCGUGAAUGUGUACUCCACGUCUGUGACCAUCGAGAACCUGAGCCGACAUGACAUGCUGGCCUGGGUCAACGACUCCCUGCACCUCAACUACAGCAAGAUUGAGCAGCUGUGUUCAGGUGCAGCAUACUGCCAGUUCAUGGACAUGCUGUUUCCAGGCUGCAUUCUCUUGAAGAAAGUCAAAUUCCAAGCCAGACUGGAACAUGAGUAUAUACACAACUUCAAAGUGCUGCAGGCAGCCUUUAAGAAAAUGAAUGUCGACAAAAUAAUUCCCGUAGAAAGGUUAGUGAAGGGCAAGUUCCAGGACAACUUUGAGUUUGUGCAGUGGUUCAAGAAGUUCUUUGAUGCUAACUACGACGGGAAGGACUAUGACCCCUUACUGGCCAGGCAAGGUCAGGAGGUGGCCCCUCCCCCCAAUCCAGGUGAACAAAUUUUCCACAAACCCAAGAAACCCUAUGGCCCCUCAGUACCACAGAGGACGUCCCCGACAGCACCCAAGAACAUGCCCACCCCGCAGAGGGCACUCAACAGCAAUCCCAUGAGGAGGAACCCCCCCAUGGCGCGGAACGGAGGCGGAGACACCGAAGCCCAGAUCAUGGAGCUAAAUCAGCAGCUCAUGGACCUGAAACUAACAGUGGACGGGCUGGAAAAGGAGAGAGAUUUCUACUUCAGCAAACUACGCGACAUUGAGCUGAUUUGCCAGGAACACGAAAGUGAAAACAAUCCUGUUCUCGCCAAGAUUGUUGAUAUUCUUUAUGCUACAGAGGACGGCUUUGCUGCACCAGAUGACGAAGAGAUUGAUGACCACCCACACGAAGACCCAGAUGAAUACUAAACCCUCCCUGCCUCUAGACCCCGUCUUUCCUUCUGUCCCCCCCCCCCCCCCCUCCCUCCCUCCUGUUCUUUCUCUCUAGCUCCUCUGGGCUGUCCACACACUCCACACUUUUGACUUCAGACGUCGCACAGCCUGUUGUUCUGCCCCUUCCACGCGAUCACAGCGGCCAGCCCUCCACGUGUCAGCAUGGCGUACAAAACCAACCGAUGCAAAACGUAGGUGCAGUGAGAUCAUGAACCGAGCUAUCAAUGUCGCGAUGAGGCGAGACCAUGGAGCAGUCAUCCACCCCUGAAUGAGGUUACUGUCUUGCCUGCACCUUUUGUAGCCCUGUUCAGGACUUUAAAAAACAGCACUUCCAGCAUUCAGGCCAUUGCUGCACUACUCUCCCCCUUGUCCACGCACCAUAGCAGCUGGUCUCAUUCCCAUCGCACGGCUGCUGAGACUCUAUUAUACACGACAGAACAAAGAAAUUUAUGUGUCAUUAUUUUCCUCAAUGACUUCAGUGGUACUUUUCAUUUUGUGUUAAGGCAAUCAACUGAAAAAAAAAAAGACUACAAAACAGUGGCGAUGAUGACGUAAUUACAAGGCAGGUUGUUUUAACAGCUUAUUUGCGUUUGAAAGACAGCAUGAGGCUUUUUUUUGUUUUU